GUCCUCUGUGGGCAGCAGUAGAGUCUCGCGCGCUCAGAGCGGCUCACCUGUGGAUUAGAGGGGAGGAUCUUCACCUGCGCUGAUCUGAGAUCUGAGAUCUAAAAGAAGGAGCUGAAGGUAAGAGCAGCUCAUCACCCGUAAACCUGAGAGACAUCAUGAGUCUAAUAAUCCAGAAUCUGCUGCUGCUGCUGCUUGUGCUCCUCCACUGCUCUUCAGCUGAGAGGCAGCUGAUCCACAGAGUGAGGAGAGGAACUCGUAUUUACAGAAAUCCCUGUGUGGAUGUGUAUUCGGGAGCAGUGAGGGAGACGGGGGAGACGUGGUUGAGGUGGAGAGGACAGUUGGUGGAGUUCUGCCGCUGCUCCCCGGGAGGAACCUCACACUGUCACUACACACCAAUCACUACGUGUUAUAAAUCUCGAUGUUAUAACGGAGGAACCUGUAAAGAGGCCGUGCGCUCAGGUGACUUCAUCUGUCUCUGUGCACCAGGAUUCACUGGAAACCAGUGUGAGAUCAAUCUGAGUGAGAAGUGUGUGGUCGGGUCGGGGUCUAGUUAUCGUGGGACCUGGAGUCUCUCCAGAUCUGGUAAAGAGUGUAUUAACUGGAACUCCACCUCCCUCAGAGGAAAACUGUUCACGGCCCGGAAACCCGACGCUCUGAACCUGGGGCUCGGAAAUCACAAUUACUGCAGGAAUCCAGACGGAGACGCCAAACCCUGGUGCUACGUUUACGGAACGUCCAGCAUUAAAUGGGAAUUCUGUUCUGUAAAAAACUGCACAACAGCCCCGGUGGAGUGUGUGCAGGGUGCGGGACAGGCGUACAGGGGGACGCAGUCGGUCAGUAGGAGCGGGGUGAAGUGUUUGUCCUGGGACUCUCCCGCCGUCUCGCACAAGAUUUACACGUCCUGGAGACAAAACUCACGAGAACUCGGCCUCGGCAGCCACAACUACUGCAGAAACCCGGAUGGUGAUCUCGGGCCCUGGUGUCACGUGUAUAAGGGCAGCAGACUGACGUGGGAACUGUGUAACAUCACCAAAUGCCCGAGGAAGCCCCCCACCAUCACCACCCUCGGCCCAAGAGCCCCUAAACCAGGCAGCCGAGGUGGGUGUGGUCAGCGCUCUGCCGGGUCUCUGCCGGUGUUCAGGAUUCGGGGGGGGCAGGUCAGUGAUAUCCGGGAGCAGCCGUGGCAGGCGGCUAUCACCGUGUACCGCCCGCGCUCACAAUCACACAACUUCCUGUGCGGCGGCGUCCUGAUCGAGUCCUGCUGGGUCCUGUCUGCAGCGCACUGCUUCCAGGAGGGGUAUAACGCAGGCCGGCUCCGCGUGACCCUCGGACGCACGUUUCGGCUGCAGAACUCCAGCUCUGAGCAGAUCUUUGAUGUGGAGAAAUACUGGAUUCAUGAACAAUAUAAUGAUGAGACUUAUGAUAACGACAUCGCUCUUCUGAAGCUGAGCAGUGAUGUGGGGAUCUGUGCGGUCAGUUCUCCGGAGGUGCUGCCGGUCUGUUUGCCGGAUCCCGGCGCGGUUUUCCCGGAGCAGACGGAGUGUGAGAUCUCGGGAUACGGGAAGGAGGAGGAGUUCUCUCCGUUUUAUUCGGACCGCGUGAAGCAGGGUCACGUGCGCUUAUGGCCGGAGAAAAACUGCGUGUCUGAGAAACUCUCCGGACGAUUGGUCACCAAAAACAUGCUGUGCGCCGGAGAUACGAGGAACCGCGACGACGCCUGCAAGGGCGACUCUGGAGGUCCUCUGGUGUGUCAGAAGGAUGGCAGGAUGAAUCUGGUGGGGUUGAUCAGUUGGGGGGAUGGAUGUGGGAAGAAGGACACGCCGGGAGUUUAUACCCGAGUUAUUAAUUAUUUAUCCUGGAUCAGCAGCAAAAUCAGAUCCAACAGAUAAAAACAUCUAAUGAGACUCGAAAUCAAAGAGGAGGAAGAAAUGCUCUCCGUUACAUUGAAUCCAGAACUGCUGAUCUGAGAUCAGGAUCAUUCAGGAUCCGCCGCAGUCUGGAGUAUUAGGAGUAAUGUGUAACAGCAGGCCUGUCAUCAUAAUCACUUUAUCGAUUUAUCACACGAUAAAUAAACAACUGCGCUGCUUUAUUCUCUCCUCUGCUCUCAGACACACAGUGCAGUUUUACUGCUGCUGAAGUCUUUCACACUGUUCAAUCCAGCAGCUCCUUAAACGGCUCGUUACACAGCUCGUUACACAGCUCGUUAGAGAACUAAUUAGACAGCUCGUUAUACAGCUCGUUCUGAUAUAUAUAUGUGAUCAAUCCAUCAUUCAGUUAUUUAUUGCCUUAUCUGACUCAAACUCAGCCAGAGCUUCAGCACAGCAACAUCUCUAACCUGAUCCUGAUCCAUAUUUACAGCACAGCAGACCACAGCUCUCUCUUUAUAUGAUAAAAGUCCUCUGAUCCACGACUCCAAGCAGGUUGAGAGGAGAUCCCUUUAACGAUAUUGAGCUGUUACAUUGAUUUGAUUUAGAAUAGUGUUUUUAUUUUAUUUAUUUAUGUAGAAUAUAUAAAAAAUGUAAUAUUCCAAUUCCAUUAAAUUAUGUAAAAAUUACCAUAAAAUAAUUUAUCGCAGUAAAUCAGCUGAGGAUCAACAUAUCGUCCAUUAAAAAGUGAAAAGUGUUAUAGUGACAGGCCUCCUGUGAGCACGUUUCACUACUCGCUUCAGUUUAUAACACACAGUGAUCUUCUGUAUCCUGAUGAAACUGAGAUGAAAGUGUUUAAAAGCCUUUAAUUCUGACCUUUAACCUCUGACCCAGUGAGAGUGUAAAACCAUGUCGGUGCUUCUCGUUCAUCCAGUGAAAAACAGGCAGCUCUUCAUCACCAGAGUCCUACAGAAAUACAGCAGUCAAACCGUCACACUCCUCUUCUCUCUCUCUCAUUCAGUGUGUUUCUUUCUUUCUAUGAUUUUUCUACAUUAUAAAUUUAAUAUUAAAGACCUUUAUCCAGCUCAUCCCAGUUAAAUCACCUCAAAUCACCUUAAUCUCAGUUCAUCAGCUUUAGAUCAGGAGAUUAAUGUAGAAAAUACAUUAAAUAAAAUAAAGUUAAAUCACUGAAUGAGAAGAGAGUGUGUUAAACUAUAGACUGGUGUAAAAGGGAUGAUUGUUUUUGUGCAGUAGUGGGAUGUAGCAGUACAUAUUCAGGAUGGAAAUGCUACAGACCUUUUCAUAUGUAAAUAUUUAUUAUUAUACAUGAAAUAAAAUGCAGAGAAAUAUUAAUGUA